AUGAGCACAAAGGGCGCACUCUGCACGGCCUACCGUCAUCAAGCCACGGACCAGUUCCAUCGAUUCCUGCACAACCCGCAUGUGGUCCAACCGGACGGAGUCGAUGGACUACCACGCGUCAAGGGCGAUCAGCAGCAGUGGCUCAACACAGAGCAGUGGCAUGGGUACAGCGAGACAUAUUUGAAGCGGCACAUGCAGUACCCGGCCACCGUCGAACUGAGCAACCCAGCCGUCAAUGCACGGCACGACCUCCUCUACGAAUGUCUAGGACUCGUGUACGAGCUAUACGGUGGCCUCGCCGAGGACCUGCAGGAGCUGCACGAUGACCCCCUGCACCCGCAGUUCCACCGUCGCAUCUCCCGGAUCAAGUGCGACCGCGAGCGCAUCGCCGCCGAGCUUGACAAGCGCUACGCUGAACUGCAUCCCACAGUGAAGACGGUGUACGACGCUUUUCUCGUCCGUCGCUACUACCACCUUGCUGACUGGAUCGUGCAUGUUGAGCGGAAGCGUGAGCGCCUCAUCAACGACCUCAGCCCCGAUUUGAUGGAAAAGAUCAUGAAGAUGCGUGGACUCGCAGAACAGUAUCUGAAGCAUCUGCGCGUCCUCGAGCGCGCACUUUAUGACGAUCCUAUUAUGGGUCUCCUCGAGGGUGAUCGAGACACGAAUGCCCUCAAUCAGUAUACGCCUGGCGAGCUCGGGAUUCUGAGGCAGAAGGCUGCCUACUUCCGCAAGAUGCGCCACUUUGGCGCGAAUCAGCUCGACGCCGAUACACACACGCACUGA